CUUUCGUCGUCACUGGGUGGAUGUUGUUGAGUGACUGCUUCCGGGUUGCGGGAUGACCUUGAGCCUUCAGGAAAGACAUGGCGACUCUCUGGAGGCUCAGUGUUCUUUGCGGUGCCCGAGGAGGAGGAGCUCUGGUCCUCCGGACCUCAGUGGUCAGACCUGCUCAUGUCUCAGCAUUUCUCCAGGACCGACCUUCCCCGGGAUGGUGUGGAGUACAGCACAUUCACCUGUCACGCAGCCACCAGGCUAAUUCCAAGGCUGCAUCUCUCCACUGGACUGGUGAGAGGGUUGUCAGUGUUUUGCUCCUGGGCCUACUUCCAGCCGCUUAUUUGAAUCCUUGCUCUGCGAUGGACUACUCCCUGGCCGCAGCCCUCACUCUCCAUGGUCACUGGGGCAUUGGACAAGUCGUUACUGACUACGUGCGAGGGGAUGCACUGCAGAAAGCUGCCAAGGCAGGCCUUUUGGCGCUCUCGGCUUUCACCUUUGCUGGGCUUUGUUAUUUCAACUAUCAUGAUGUGGGUAUCUGCAAAGCUGUUGCCAUGUUGUGGAAGCUCUGAGCUUUUAGAGCUAAUACCUUGAGAGUUGAUUGUACACCUCCUUGCCUCUGCUCUGUCAUGCCAUUCAGCUCACAGUAAGAAGGAAAUAACAGAUAAGUCCAUUGGUGAGACAAACCUCUUCUCCUAAUCAGUGGGUUAUUUUUGGAAUUUAAUCUUUGAGGAAAGAUUUGAGAGGAAUCAUAUCCAAGAAAUUGUGAGACUGAGCUCUCACAAGACUCAGUGUCUCUCAGCUUCUCACGAGACUUGGUGUAACUAAGCAUUACAUAUGAGCUUUUGCCUUUUCAUUUAUCAGACUCUUAAAGGGAAUUCAGCUUUAUUACUCUCAGUAUCUGCUCACACUUCUGUAUUUGUCCUAGGAUGAUGGAGAAAGGGAAAGACUGUUAAUUCCUAAGGAAAGACUUUGUGGAAAAGUAGGCAGUGUUUCGUUUUUACAGACUUCCCCUCUCUGUUCAGUUGAUACUAGUUACUGAUGGUUACAUGUCCUGGGGAAAUCAGAAAAUUAGAAAUGCUGAUAUUUCAUAUUACUCAUUUCUAAAUCCCAGGAAGAGGAGCCUGGAGAGUUUCUGAAUAAAGAGAACUUCCAUGUAGGGAAGAGGUCCCAUCAUAGAUGUUUCAAGUUGUUACAGAUUCUAAACUGAGACUUAAUGUUCACAUGCGUUUAUUUUACUUGUUGAAAAUAAUCUGUCCCCAAAUAUAAAAUUAUAAGUAAUAAGUUGUUGUUUUCCUGUUGUGGGAUCUCUAAUGUGAAAAUGUAUUCUACGAAGAUAAAGUUUUUUAAAAAAAUAAAAUGCUGUAUAAUUAAAAUUUA